AUGGGUUCACUUGAAAAUAAUCGAUACUUAACAAUGAUACUUCUUGUUACCAUUAUUUUUCUAUCAUGUGCCGACCUAAUCUUGAUAGCCAAGGCGUCGAGGGGAUUUCCAUGCAAAUAUGAUCCCCGAGAUCCUGGUAAGUGCAAAGUCGAUGAAUCUAAAUCUCCAAGAUUUGACGCAGGAGGAGCUAGUGUGAGGUUCGGCCUAGUCGUACGGAGGAUGGAGUUUCCGGCAUUUUUCCAGGAGGGCAGUCGUCUGUUUGAGGUUGAAUUUGUAGAGGAGAGGGAGAGUCUGAAUGCAGACCGGUCAUUAAGGGAUGUUUACCUGAAGACAGAAGAUGAGAACCAAACGAGGGAUGCCGAAUUGGAACACUAA